AUGAACAGCUCCAAAAAUUUGGAACCAGGCCAAUUGGAAGAUCAGGAGAAAGCCAGAAUUUUGGACUCUAACAAUCUUCACCAAGUCUCGGCAAUUUCUCUGAGCUUGGGUGUCCUUUUUGGGCUGUCAUUAUCCUUUCUGUUCACAUCAGAACUCUUCCAACUGCCACUUUACAUAUUAUGUCUUUCCCUGUUUCAUUUUCUGGAGUAUUAUAUCACAGCAAAGUUUAAUACUGACAAAGUUAGUCUGGACUCCUUUCUCAUCAAUAACGGAGCUGAAUACAUUCUAGCACAUUCACUUGCAAUAUUUGAAGUUGUAUUAGAAGCUCACUGGUUCCCAACUUUGAAGUCACAUCGAUAUAUUUCAUUUUUUGGCCUAAUUUUUAUUGUUAUUGGCCAAUUUUUACGAUCAACAGCUAUGAUUACAGCUGGAAGAUCUUUUUCACAUAUGAUAUCUACCACCAAGAAGAAAGAACAUGUCUUGGUUACCAACGGUAUGUACAAGUACACAAGACAUCCUAGCUAUGCUGGGUUUUUCUGGUGGGCUCUUGGAACCCAGCUGAUGCUCUGCAAUCCAAUCUGUUUCAUUGGGUUCCUAUUUACUUUACGGCGUUUCUUCAAGCAUAGAAUCGAGUUUGAAGAACAAUACUUGGUAGCAUUUUUCAACCGUGAUUAUAUAAAUUACAAAUCUUGUACCGGGACUCUUAUACCCUUUAUUGAAUAG